GCAAAGUAAUUUGUGUGCCGAAGCUUGAUGCGAAAAUGUUCAACGCCGAUAUAUGGAAAUCCUGGGAACGAAGCGGAAAAUCAGAGUUCUUGAAACAAUGCAAAGCCAUCGUGAAGGACGACCCACAGCAGAGUCCCCUGUUUGCAAAGAACGAGCGCAAGAGCGGCAUUUCCCGGGCGAUCUACGAGCUGAUCUCGCGUGGCAUUCAUGGCCAGCUGAAAAAGGAUAGCGUCCUACAGAUGCUGGCCGAAGUUUCGAGCCUACACAGCGACAUCCCAUCGAUUCUGCUGGAUGUGUUCGGUAUCUUUGAUGCCGAAACGGCCACAAGCACAGGUGAUGCGCCACCGAGCGAAGAACGCUCCACGUUCUGCUACAUCGUCAAGGAAACGGAACGAUUUGUGUCGGAGAAGCUGCUGAAGGAGCGACUAGAAAUCGACACACUGCAAGACGUGGGGACAAUCAAGAAUCGAAGUUUCUACACACGAUUCAUAAAAGUGAAAACGAAGCUCUACUACAAACAGCGCCGUUUCAAUCUAUUCCGCGAGGAAAGUGAGGGCUACGCAAAGCUCAUCACGGAACUGAAUCAGGAAUUUAAUCAGGAAACGAUCACGGUGACCGACAUACUGGAGAUUAUCAAAUCGCUGAUUGGUUGCUUCAAUCUCGAUCCCAACCGGGUGCUAGAUAUCAUCCUGGAGUCGUUCGAGGCGCGCCCGGAGCAGGAUCGCAUUUUCAUCCCUCUGCUGCAAUCGUACAUCAACGAUGGCAACAUUAUCUGUGAGGUGCUCGGUUACAAGUAUCGCUACUUUGCGGACGUUAACACACCGAGCUCUCUGUUCAAGGUAACCGCGUUACUGCUGCAGCACGGUGUGAUAAAGCUGGACGAUAUUUACUCAUGGCUCAACCCAACGGAUAAGUCGAUACAGGCCGAUUGGGAGGCGGAAAUGAACCAAGCGAAAGAAUACGUUCGCAAGCUGAACAUAAUUCUCACCAAUAAGGACAAGGAGCCGGAGCAGGAGCCCGAGUUCGAGACGGCACCGGAAAAGUAUGCCCUCAAUCAAAAGUGGGGCCUUUGCGAGGCGCUACUACUCAUCGGAGAUUGGAACACGGCCCACCAGCUGCUCCGCAAGCUCCCGGACCAGUCGGUCAUGGUGCACGAACCGAUCGCACGAGCCCUCUGCCGCCUGCUGCACAUCAUCAUCGAACCGGUGUACCGGCUCAAGUGUGCCCUGCCGGCAAACAUCAAGGGUCGCGCCAUCUCAUCGUACGGUGCGCUCAGCAAACUUGCCCCACCGCCCGUUACCGCACUGACCAAGCUGCGGCUGCAUGCUUUCCCGAUGUUUACCGCACUUGGACCAUCGCUACACUACGAUUCGGUGCUGCUGUACAAACUGUUGCGCCUGAUGCGUGUCAUCCUCACCGACAUGAACGUCGACCCGAUGAAUCCACCGGCGCCCGGGACGUCGAGCGAUCAGGAGCAGCUGUACUACGACAUUUUGUCGUUGCUCGAUGCUUCCGUGCUGCCCGCCCUGGCCUACAUGGACUGCAACUGCUGCGUGGCGGAAGAGAUCUGGUCGAUCGUGAAACUCUACCCGUACCAGUAUCGGUACAGUUUGUACGCGCGCUGGAAAAAUGACACGUUUCAGCUACAGCCGAAGCUGAUCCAACGGCGCGGUACGGCCCAGAAACAAAUCAAGGCACUGAUGAAGCGGGUCAGCAAAGAAAACAGUAAACCGGUGGGAAGGCUGAUCGGCAAACUGAGCCACUGUUCGCCUGGAUUCCUAUUUGAAUAUAUUCUACUGCAAAUUCAAAUCUACGAUAAUCUAAUCGCCCCCGUCGUUGACUCGCUCAAGUAUCUGACGUCUCUGUCGUACGACGUGCUCGGCUACUGUCUAAUCGAAGCCCUCGAGCAGGUCGAUCGGAACCCAAUGCAGAACGACGGUACCAGCAUCUCGCUGUGGCUGCAAAGUUUGGCCAACUUUUGCGGUGCCAUCUACAAGAAGUACAACAUCGAGCUGAGCGGACUGCUGCAGUACGUGGCGAACCAGCUCAAGUCCCACAAGAGCCUCGAUCUCCUCAUCCUCAAGGAGGUGGUGCAGAAGAUGGCCGGCAUCGAGGCGGCCGAAGAGAUGACGAACGAGCAACUGCAAGCAAUGUGCGGCGGGGAACUAUUGCGUGGCGAGGCGGGUUAUUUCAGCCAGGUGCGCAACACGAAAAAGUCAUCGCAGCGGUUGAAGGACGCACUGGCCAGCAACGAUCUAGCGGUGGCCCUGUGUUUGUUGAUCGCGCAGCAGAAACAUUGCGUCAUCUACCGCGAGACGGCCCAGAGCCACCUGAAGCUGGUGGGGAAGCUGUACGACCAGUGCCAGGAUACGUUGGUGCAGUUUGGGACGUUCCUCGGCUCGACCUACUCGGUGGAGGAAUACGUGGAGCGGCUCCCAACGAUACACAGUAUGCUGCAGCGGUACCACAUCCACUCCGAUGUGGCCUUUUUCCUUGCGCGUCCUAUGUUUUCUCAUGCAAUCAAUCAAAAGUACGACCAACUACGUAAGGCGGACACGAACGCGAAGAAGCUUUCCACCUCGCAAAAGAUGAGCAAAUAUCUCGAGGCGACGGCGCACGUCAUGAACCCGGUCAUCGAGUCCGUACGCCCGCUGCAUCCACCGAAAAUCUGGGAAGAUAUCAGUCCGCAGUUUCUGGUCAGCUUCUGGUCGCUGUCGAUGUACGACCUGCAGGUCCCGGUCGAGAGCUACCAGCGGGAAAUUACCAAACUGAGGCUGCUCGCAAAUGCCGUAAUGGAGUCGAAAGAGCAGAACGCGUCGAAGAACAAGAAAGAACAGGAGCGCUACGUCGCGCUGAUGGACAAACUGCAGGACGAGCGGAAAAAGCAGCAGGAGCACGUGGACAAAAUCAUGCACCGGUUGACGAACGAGAAAGACGCCUGGUUCCUGUCGCGUUCGGCCAAGUCGGCCAAGAAUGAAACCAUCACCCAGUUCCUGCAGCUGUGUCUGUUCCCGCGGUGCACCUUUACGGCGCUCGAUGCAAUCUACUGUGCUAAGUUUGUGCAUACCAUCCACAAUCUGAAGACGGCCAACUUUAGCACACUGUUGUGCUACGAUCGGAUAUUCUGCGACAUAACGUACUCGGUGACGUCCUGCACUGAGAACGAGGCGACCCGCUACGGGCGGUUCCUGUGCGCGAUGCUCGAAACCGUCAUGCGCUGGCACUCGGACGAGGCCACCUUCAACAAGGAGUGCGCCAACUAUCCCGGUUUCGUUACCAAGUUCCGCGUCAGCAACCAGUACUCGGAGGCGAUCGACCACGUCAACUACGAGAACUAUCGGCACGUGUGCCACAAGUGGCACUACAAGAUCACCAAGGCGAUGGUGUUCUGUCUGGACUCGAAGGACUACAUGCAGAUCCGGAACUCGCUCAUCAUCCUGAUGCGCAUCCUGCCGCACUUCCCGGUGUUGGCCAAACUGUCGCAGAUCAUUGAGAAGAAGGUGGAGAAGGUGCGCGAGGAGGAGAAAAACCAGCGCCAGGAUCUGUUCGUGCUGGCAUCGAGUUACAUCGGCCAGCUGAAGGCCCGAGCCGCGCAGAUGAUGUUGGAAUCGGACUUCCACCAGGUGACGGAGAAACCGUUCAAAGCAACCACGACCUCGAGUGCUACCGGGUCAUUGGCCGGAGCAACGGUCGCGGUUCAGGACUCACUGCAGGACAGCAAGGUGGCUAUAAAUGGGGCCGAUGUGAAAGGAGGACAAAGCACCAGACAAGGAAGUUCAUCGAUGGGCAACGGCACCAACAACACUUCCACCACUGGAGGGAAUUCAUCAUCGACGUCCUCGUCGGCCAUGGCAGCGGGUGGUAAUGCCACAUCCAACGGUAACCUGGCAGGAUCGUCGGACCAUCACCGUGGUGGUGGCGGUCACAGCAGCACCAUUGACAUGAUCAAGAAGGAACCGUCCUCGUCGUCAUCGUCCAGUGGCUCGAGGGACAACAAUGCCGGAGGUUCGUCGGCGUCGAUGCGCGAAUCAUCGGUUUCGUUGGCGCGUGAAAAAUCAUCGAAAGAAAUCAAACGCGAAGAGCGCGCUCGGGAGAAGGAACGCGAGCGAGAGGAAGCGGCCGCCGCCGCAAUGCUUGCCGAUCGAAAAAGGGAAAAAGAAAAGCGUCGUGACAAGCGAGAUCAUUACGAUCACGAACGGGAAUCGAGAGCAAGCGAACGGGACCUCCAGCAGCGUGAUCGCAGCGAAAGAGACCUCAGCUCAGUGUCGAACUCCAGCAACGAACAGCAACACGGCAGCAGCAUUCGUCGCAGCCAAGACCCACCGGAACAUGAUAGAGAUAUGAAGCGCCGCAAGGUGGAAGGUUCUUCUAGCUCGAAGAGCAAGCACGACGAUGGUUCCAACUCCGCUUCCCAGCAGCUAGUGUCCGAGUCGAAGAAGGAACGGAGCAGCAAGACGAAGGAAAAACGGGACAAGACUGACGAGGAGAAGGAGCUCCGGAAGGAACGUAAACUUGGUCGCAAGCGGCAGGAUCGUAAUGCGGAGGAAUCGCUACUGACGGACAAACGUUUGCGCCGGGAGGAGGAAAAGGCUAGCAAACUGCUAUCGCACCAGAACGGGGACAACGAUGGCGAUCUGGCAGCCCCACUGUCCACCUCGUCGUCGUCGUCGCACCGGGAAAAGCAUCACCAUCAUCAUCUGAAGGAAAAGUCUCCAUCCUAUGGCGGUGGUGCAGGUGGUGGUGGGGGUGGUGGUAGCAGUGGCGGAAGUGGAAGCGUCCUGCGAGAUCACCGCGAGCGAUCGCACGAUCGUGGCCUGGAUCGGGGUGACAAGCAGUACUUUACGAAAACUUCCCGCACACGGUCCGGGUACUAGAGGAGAUGGUGGAUGGCGUGAAAUCAACGUGGAGUACUUGGCCCGAUUGCAUAAGCAUUAGGUAUGGUUUAUUAGGAGUUAAAGGAAGAGAAAAAAAAUGCUGAGGAAUAUAGAAAGUGGCAACGAGAUGGAAUAGGCCCAUAAUGGUACAACUCUACUUCAGGUGGAACAGUUCGAACCGGAUUAGUUCUACCUCUUUUAGUUUAUAUCCCCCUCAGCAAACACCGUUACCGAUUUUUCGGAUGCAUUAAAUUGUAUAAACUAAGCUGAUGACCGCGCAGUGGUUUUUUGUUUGUUUGAUCGGGAUAUUCAAAUUAAUUUAGAUAAGAGCUAGAGAGUGUGUAGCAGUAUUUGCGACGAUUCAAAUUGUUUAUAACUCUUGGGAACUAUCGACCAUUGUACAAUUUCAAUGGCAAGGGGGCGGGUUGAGAGAUCCCAGUCCCCGAACCCUCAACUGUACGAUGAAGAAAGAAGAAUCAUUUGCUAGGCGCAUAAGUUGAUAGGAUAAUUUUUGAUAAACAAACAGGUCGACAAAAGCAGUACAGACUUUUAACAACAAAUAAAAGAAAAAGAAGAAAAAUGUGUUUGAAUUCUGGAGUUUUGGGACGGGCGGACACUAACGUUCAGCUCCGUUGAUCGUCCGGCAGUUAAAGAGUUAGUCGUUGAACAAUGUAGAAGGUUGUAACAUUUGGAAACGUUGAUUCGAUAACUCAAAUGGCCUCGGUUCAGUUCGAUGAGUAUCUUUUUCUUUUUUUCCUUUUGUUUUUGAUCGUCCAAGUCGAUUAGUUGGGAAACGCAAAUAAAAAAAUCCAAGAUAGGAAUAUAGAACAGAUUGGUCGGACACAAUCCCUUUAUCAUCAUCAUCAAAUCGAAUUGCAGAGCGGGAGGAGGAGACGAAGACGAAAGUAUGUAUGUAUAUUUUAAGAUAGCUAUGUGGUAAUGAAAAUCGAAGUAGCUGAAGUUAUAAGUAAAAUAAAAUCAC